AUGACCGAGCUCACUCACCCUUCCAUCGUCGACGGCUGGUUCCGAGAAAUCAGUGACACCAUGUGGCCUGGCCAGGCCAUGGCCCUGCGUGUCAACCAGAUUCUCCACGUUGAGAAGUCCAAGUACCAGGACGUUCUGGUUUUCGAGUCCACCGACUACGGCAACGUUCUCGUCCUUGACGGAGCCAUCCAGGCCACCGAGCGAGACGAGUACGCCUACCAGGAGAUGAUUGCGCAUCUUGCUCUCAACUCCCACCCCAACCCCAAGAAGGUGCUUGUUAUUGGAGGUGGUGACGGUGGUGUCCUGCGAGAGAUUGUCAAGCACGACUGUGUCGAGGAGGCUGUCCUCUGUGACAUUGAUGAGGCCGUGCCCCGUGUUUCCAAGCAGUACCUCCCCACCAUGUCUGUCGGAUUCAACCACCCCAAGACCAAGGUCCACAUUGGUGACGGCUUCAAGUUCCUCCAGGAGUACCAGAACACCUUCGAUGUCAUCAUCACCGACUCCUCCGACCCCGAGGGUCCCGCCGCCUCUCUCUUCCAGAAGCCCUACUUUGAGCUCCUCUCCGGUGCUCUGACCGAGAAGGGUGUUAUCACCACUCAGGGAGAGUCCAUCUGGCUGCACAUGAAGAUCAUUAAGGAGCUGCGACAGGCUUGCAAGCAGGUCUUCCCCUCCGCCGACUACGCUUACUGCACCAUCCCCACCUACCCCUCCGGCCAGAUUGGUUUCAUGGUCUGCUCCAAGGACAAGGACGCCAACCUCCGAAAGCCCCUUCGAUCCGUCUCUCCCGAGGAGGAGUCCAAGCUCUACCGAUACUACAACAAGGACAUCCACUCUGCUUCCUUCGUUCUCCCCACCUGGGCUCGAGACGAUCUUGCUUAA